AUGAUCCCAACUUUUCGUGUGUGGCCUGCUAGGUACGAGGUACGGCGAAAUAAUAAAAAUCAAGAGGCCACCUUGAUCCCACGCUUGUAGCGCCCUCCAAAAUCACGAGGCGCCCCCUUUUUCACUCCUUUCAUGUUGGCAAUCUGAGGAUUCGCUACACGCUUCCCGGAAAACAAGAAAAUGAAGCUCAUCCUCAACUGUCAGGAAGUCCACGCCAUCGAGGUGACUGGCGAUGAGACUGUCGCCUUCCUGAAGAACUACCUGCAGACUGCAGAGGGCAUUGCGGCUGCUGACCAGUGCCUGUACAGUGCUGGCAAGCCCCUGAGUGACGAGGAACUUCUCUCUGCCUGUCUGAGCGACGGUUCCCGCAUCGAUGCCGUCGUGCCCCUCCUUGGAGGAAAGGUCCACGGAUCUCUCGCUCGUGCCGGAAAGGUGAAGGGACAGACACCAAAGGUGGACAAGCAGGAGAAGAAGAAAAAGAAGACCGGGCGUGCCAAGAGGCGCAUCCAGUACAACAGGCGCUUCGUCAACGCCGUCGCAACCUUUGGCCGCAGGAGGGGUCCGAACACCAACCAGACGUCUUAGGGAAGGGGGCUGACACAAAGAGGACAUUAAAAUUGUUGCUUCCCAA